AUGGCUUCCUCUGAUUGCUCGGAGUGUUCAAAAGUUCGACUAAAAAUAGCUCCUAAUGCUCGGUGUGAAAACCAUAUUGAUAUUUACAAGGACACUAGUUUAAGAUACUUAGGUUAUGCCAAUGAAGUUGGUGAAUCCUUCCGACCCUUGAUCCCAGUUUCUGUUGUAAAUCUCAGCUAUGUCAUUGCCAGUGGUUAUGUGUUAGCACAUGCCGUGAAUGAAGGAUACUGGACCUCAAAGAGACCUACAUUUCAUGCUUCAAGCAAAGGAAAAGAAGUCACGAAAUGUGUAGCCGACACCGUCAUCUGGCAGGGAUUUGCAUCAGUAGCAGUUCCAGGAUUCACAAUCAAUCGAGUAUGUGCUCUCAGCGCAUUCCUACUAAAGAGGUCCUCCAGUCUUCCUCCAACUGUAAGGAAAUGGACAACGACGUGUAUAGGGCUGGCUAGCAUCCCAUUCAUAAUCAAACCUAUUGAUCAUGGUGUUGAAGUUGUGAUGAAUAAAACCAUAAGGAGAUUAUACAUGGGCAGUGAUAGCUAGAAAGACUGUGAUAGCCCCACCAAAUGUGAGGAGUCUAGUGUAGUCUGCUGCCAGUUUUCAAUGCUAUUUUAGUAAUUUGAUAUUGCUCAAAGUAUUUCUAGUUCUUCAUAGUGCAAUGUACAUGUAUUUGUUGUGGAUAUAGAUAUUGGUUUACAUGUAUAUCUAGAUAUAAACCAAUUCAUGAAUUAUACCACAAGGUAUUUGAUCUCAGAAUUGUACAUAGUAUUAGGGGAAGGUUUUUGAGGUGACCAUGAAAUAGGGCUCUUUCCAAGAUAGAUAUGUUUUUAAGAAUUCAAUUCUUAUGUGUGAAAGGAAAUGAGGAGAAGGUCUCAUUUAUAUGCACUGCUACCGGUGAGUCAAUGAGUGAUAUUUCCAUAGUCAUAGUUCCAGUUGUUCAGUUAAGUCCGUUCGUUUGUAUGUUCAGUUUUGCAAAAAUAUUGUAACGUGU